GAUGCAAUUUUGAAAUGGUGUGUGCUUAGCACGUUUGUUUUUUGGAAUGAAACCUUUUGUCAUGUGAUUUUUUAACGGCGGGAGUUUAUUUUAGACUUCAGUGAUAAUGGAAUCAACUGGUGAAGAUAAUUGCCUUAACUUGGAUGCUGAUCUUAACUACGCAUCGGAAACAAAUUUUGAUUAUGAUUUCGAUGACCUAGAUGUGGUGAUCCGUCACCAGCGCUGUUCGUCCUCCUACCUACUGGCGGACGGUGGUGAUGGCGCAGAGGCAGACCUCCUCGGCACCACGCCUCCCCGCUCCCGCAUCAGGAACAAGGAGAUCCGCAAGACCAACAUUGGAUCAGAGUUGCUCGUACAAAAAGGGUUGCGUAAUAAAAAGAACGAGAACGCGCCUAGAAUGGACAACUCUUCACCGAGUGAGUACAAUACGUAGCUUUAUUUAUGAUUUAAAUUAACAAUUAUUGUAAAAUUAUAAUAUUUAGCAACUUUCACACUCUGUUCGUGCUAGAUUUGGUGUAAGAUUUGUGCACCGCUCGUCCACCAGCAAAUAGAUCCACAAUCGCCUACAAAAGUAGUAGCUAACACAAACUAAUACUCUGCAGUGUACCUCCUCGUCCUAAAAAGAGUACCGUACAGUGCCAACCAUAGGCGUUAG